UUUUUUUUUUUCCUUCGGUUAAAAAUGGAGGAAAAGAUCUGAUAUUUUUCUGGCUUUCAUUCUCCCAUUUCUCUCUGGAAUCUCUCGCUCGCACACACAGACGGAGGAGAAAGAGAGAGAGAGAAUGGCAAUGGCUUCGUGCAAUAUUGGAACAUGUAAGAAGACACCAGUUCUUCAUCUAUCUUGUAGAAAGAAGGAAAGAGAUCAUUUCCAUCCAUAUAAAGUCAUAGAAAUUACCCCUCCCCCCAAGAAUCUUGGCAUCCGCUGCUUUCCCCCUUCAGAUUCCACUAUCACACAUCAAAAGCAAGGCUCUGAAGUAACAUUCAGACAGCCCUCAAUGCUUGUGCGUCUAUAUGAACAUCUCAAUCCUCUUGAUGCUCAAGAAGAACUUGCAAUGUGGGGAGAGUGUGACAAUCGAAGGCCAAGCAUAUACCAUUGCGGCUGUCACUUACCGAUACCAGCUUCGCAAGGGGAAGUAUGAGUCCAGUGAGAAGAGGCUAGAUGUUUUGUCCACAGGAAGAUACAUCUUGAACUUGUAUUUAGAAAAUUUGCUAGAACAAUCUUAAUAUUCACACCUUAUGUCAUGUUCUAGCCUCUUAAUAUUCUCUAUUUGCGAAAUUUCGAGUGCUUUAGCAUCCUUGUAGAGAAGAGAACAACAAAAAAAUAGCUCUGAAUUAGUAGAUAAGUAGGGACUUGACUUCUGUCAUUUUGCAUAUACUAUACAUCUUCAUAUGUAUGUACUAUCAUGCUAAAUGUUGUUGAUUACCAUUUUAUUUUUA